AUGUUUGAUGUGAUGGUCAAAUGGCCUCAUGGGAAGGCCUUGGCCAAAGAAAGAUGCCAUGAAUUCCAGACCUUCAGCCGUCAGUCUGAAGUUGGCUUUCCAUACGAGGAGAAACGAGUGGGUUUCGUCAAAGGUAUCAGUCGCAGAUUCUGGCAGGGAAGCACGGAUCAUCGAGGGGUGCCUGGAAAGCCUGGCCGAGUGGUGACAUUAAUAGAGGACCCUGAGGUAAUGACUGUCAGUCUGCACCAACCAAUGCAGGACACAUUGCUCUACAUCGGCUCCUGUGAUAACCCAAAUUACCUUGGCCCAGCACCUUUGGAAACAAUCGCUCAGCAGAUUGUGAAGUGUGUAGGCCCCAGUGGCAAGAAUACAGACUACCUCUUUGAGCUCGCCGAUGCCAUCAGGCAACUAAUACCUGAAGACUUGGAUGAUCACCGUUCUCUUUAGAGCGCCUUGUGAAGGAGCUACAGGAGGAGGAAGAGAUGGAGUGAUCUGAUAAAGCCUGCUCUGUUCUUAAUCUUUUGAAAAACUCAAGAAUUGUCC